UUGUUCAUAGAACUUUGCUUCGUUGGUAUCAGGGCUGAUUGGCAUGUUAAAAACUUUCAUGUGCUUGUAAUUUAUGAAAUUUGUCAUUGCACAGGUGGAGCUGGAACGCUCAAGCUGGACGAAAAGAAAGAUGAGAAACCACUGUCAAUUUUUGGAACCAAAGCACUUACAAGUGAAGAGAAGAAAGAAGAGAAACAAUCUUCUGUAGCCGAGACAGCAGGUAGACCUCAUUUUUUAUUCGUUGUAGUAUUCAUUUGUGUAAUCGAAGUGGUGUCUCUACAGCUACUGGUGCGGAAAAGAAGGACGAAAAGCCGCUUUCUAAUGUUUGGAAGUAUAGGGUCCUCUAGUGCUGAGAAGAAAGACGAGAAGCCAUCAUCAAUUUUUGGAGGUGCAGGAGCUUCAGGAACUACCACUUCCGAGAAGAAAGACGAGAAACCAACAUCUUUAUUUGGAGGACUAGGUACCAGUAGCGAAAAGAAAGAAGAGAAAGACGUCCUCGUUGAGGUAUUUACAGCUGCUAACACUGCUAACACAGAAAAGAAGGAUGAGAAGCAACCUUCUAUCUUUGGAGGAGGUUCUCUCUCCACAGCUAUAGAGAAAAAGGAAGAAAAACCGCCCUCAAUAUUUGGAGGAUUGAGUGGUGGAAGCAUUUUCGCGACGUCUGCAGCAACAGGCCAAGCCGAAGUGAAAUCUGAACAAGCUGGAGCCGUAACUACAUCGAGUCCGCCUACCACUGUGACGUUCUCGUUCAAGCCGAAGACUACGACGGAAAGCCAACCGGCUGCAACGAGCUCCACAUUCAGUUUUGGUGCAAAGCCUUUUGGUAUCUCGAUAGAUUCAAUUGUCUCAUGUUAUGGAGCAGGUUUCGCAGCUGCAGCAGCCUCAGCAGCUGCCAGUGUAGAUACUGAUGAGGGUAUGGAUGACGACGGUGCUGCUGGCGGCACAUCCCAACCAACUAGCAGCCUAUUCGGUGGAGGCUUUAUG